GGCGCGAGUUGUUGCGUGUUGUCUCGUGGCGGAGCUUUGACGUCACCUGCCGCUUCAGGGGUUGUCGAGCAGCGGCAGCAAGAGUGUCGCUGCGUCUGCACGUCGGCUGCUUGCGCUCCGAGGCGGUGCCGAGACGGCAGCGCACGCCGCAGGGGCAGCGAGGCAAGGCGGCAGAGCUCGGCCGUAUGGAGGAUAGGGGGGCCGUCGGAGCGACACACAGCGACAGCCGUCUCGACUCGCGACUGUGCACAGCCGCCAGCGGCCAGCAGCACGAGUCUCGCAGUCCUACGAGGCUCGCCUCUCCUCUGCUCUCCCCACCACCACUCUUGCCGCCCCUGAAGCUGUGCAGCCCUCGCCCUCGCUUCUCAAGGCGCUCGAGGCCAUCUCCUCCUCGCUGCGCCGGCCGCCAUGUCCUCCUCCUCGCAUCUGUCACGCCCCCACGCGCGUCAUCGACCUCAAUCCCUGCCCUUCGUGCCUUGCGCCGCUCCGUUUCUGCCCAGCUUCGCCUCUCUCAUCGACUCAAGCCGCGCCAGCUCCACCUUGCACACCGGCAACAAUGCAGACAGCAGCAGUCACUCCUCCGUCUCGGCAUUCACGCCUCUCUCACCCGCACUCGCCUCUCUCUCGCCCACGUUCCAGCACGAUGCCACACGGCGCUCCUCCAACUCCUCCUCCUCCAGCAGCGGCACCCUGACUUCACACGCUUCGCUGCGCACUCCCCGCGCACGCGCCCAUUCUGCAGACGAAGCCAAGACGCCUACGUUGGCGUCUUGCUCUCAGCAGCAGGCGCAGGCGCAGGCGCAGACGUAUGAGAACGGCAUGCCUUCUGCGAGGACGUGGGAUGCACUGAUGCAGCGUUCGAGUGCGCCGCCGAUGCUCAGUCUCACCAGUCCCUCCUCCUCCUCGACGCCACGACCCAUCCAUGCGCCGUGCAGCUCGGCGCUGGAAGCCAGACGCCUGCGCACUGCUCUUGCCGCUUCUGCCUCGAGCGCGACUGGCAAUGCCCACUCCUCCGCGAGGGAGCGCGAGGAGGCGAAGAGCUACGCGGCUGACGAGGCGCAAGUUGCCCGGCUGGCGGCCGAAGCAUGGGCGAUUGUGGGAAGGGCAAAAGGAACGGAUGGAGUAGCGCAUGCAUUUCUACGGGCUUGGUUGCAAGCCUCCUACGCCCCUGCCUCUCCCUCCUCACCUCGCGCAGAGCCGGCCGUAGUGCGCCGCGCCGCGCUCGUGCGCUCGUACGAGCUCGCGUGUGCGUCGGUGGGGCUCGAGCCACUGACGAAGCCCGUGGUGGGCAAGAUGGUGCUGGCCGUCUUUGUUGGACUGAAGACGAAGAGAUUGGGCCCGCGUGGUGGGAGCUUGGCGCACUACAUCGACUUCGCGCCUCUCACGUUACUCGAGCGUGAUCAGCUCAGCGAGGCAGGUCGACAGCUCAAUCUCGAGGCAGCUGAGCAAGCGCAAGAGGCUCAAGGCGGCAAGGGUUCCAGCAAACGACAGCGUGCGGUCUCAGCUUCCUCCUCCGCGUCGGACUGCAGCAGCAGCAGUGAAGAUUCCUCCGUCGCCAACGUCGCCCCUCGGUCGCUGCUUCGCCAUUCGACGCGAGACGGAGCUACCACGACUGAAGCGUCGACAGUGAUGUCGAACGACUCGAUGCAGAUGGACGUCGACGACGGGCAAGCUUCGUCCGCGUUCUCUUACGCUCACUUGGACGCUGAAGAGGAACUCAGGCGUCGCCUCCAUGGCCCGAGCAGCACACUGAAGCGCACUGGCUCAGCGCAAUUCUUCUUCGCUGGCGAGGAAGACGAAGGUGCCUCACCCGACGCCGACGCCGCGAUGCCGAUACAUCACGGAGGCGAGCCCUCGCAGCACCAGUCGGACCUGUUGCGUGCUGUAGCAGCCUAUGCCACCGUCGGUGCUCUGCCCGCACACAGUCCAGACCACACACCUCGACUCUCCUCUCGUGCCUCUCCGAUCAAGGCAGCGCUGGCUUCUUCUCUCCUUCACUCCGCCGACGAUGACCCCGACGCCGAUGAAGAGUUUCCUCCUCGCACCUCCUCUCGUCGACGCGUCCGCUCGCGCACUUCUUCCUCGGCCCUCUCCGAGGCGUGCUACGCUGCGCACGCUGGCGCCGCGGCGCAGAGAGCUGUGAGAGCGAUCAGCGGAUGGCCUCAGGUGCAGGAGCUGCAGCUGGAUGGAAUGGGGUUGAUGACGUGGGAAGAGAUUGAGGUCGGUUGCGAAAGGAUGUUGCGCGCAUUCAGGGAGCUGGCGUUUGACGAGUUCAAAGCAGCAGCGACGUCGCUCUAUACCGAGCUUCCGCGCGAGGCGCUCUGGGCGAUCUGGGGUUCUUCGCAUCUCUGCGAUGCAAUCCUGUCAGCCGAGCGAGCUCUUUACGAACAUCUCCUCCGAUUCCUGGAUGAGCACAUCUCCGAUCCGCCCAUCGAGGUCGUAUGCUCCGCGCUCAGAGAUCUGGCAGUCAGCUUCCCCACGGAAGUGCAGGCGUCGCUGCAAGGCUCGGGAUCGAGAGGUCGCUUUCCCGAUGCGUUCGUCGUGAGCCGCACGGAACUUGCGUGGCGGUGGUGCGAGUGCCUCUUGGCCGUCAACUCCAUCUGGGCGGACAUAGUCGAGCUACGCGCUCGCUUCUCCCUCUCCUCGUCGCACUGGGAGCGCUCGCCCACGCUCUCCACCGGCUCCACUUCUUCGAGCCUCAGUCUCAGCGCCGACGUCUCCGAUGCCUUCAAUCACUUCCAGCCUCAUUCUCGCGACCAGAGUUGGGCCAGCAUCGACAGUCCCUUCUCGGACGACGAGUCGCAUCUCGAGUCGCCGCCUGCAAGCCUCGUGCUCGAGACGCGCAGCAACUUGAAGUGGCAACAGAUGCGCGAGCGCUCCGUCUCUGCUCAGCAGCAGAUGCAGCACGAUGGCCUCGGACUCGAGAAUCUCGGCCUGGACGAGCUCCAGGCACCGUCGGGCGCCGACUCGCAAAUGAUGUACGACGCUUCGCUCGCUCGUCUCGCAUCACUCGCCUAGCCGCCGCCCCACCCGUCCCUCCCUUCUCUCUCGCAGCUCCGGCCCACUCUCUCCUCCUGCCCCAGCGCCUCUUUUCCUGUCCUCUCCGCUUCGCGUUGUCUUCUCCGCCCGCGUCACCACAUCUCACGCCACGCUGUCCGCACCCGUCUCGCAUCCUUCAAGCACGACCCGCGUCACCUUCCCGCAAGCCAGGCUGGCUCUCGGCUCACACCGCCUCUUCACUGCGUCCCCUCUCUCGCAUGUCUCACGCCCCGCAUGUCCGCAUCCGUCGCAUUGCGCUUGCAAGCCGCC